AGUCCUCAUGUUACGAUGCGAUCACAACCUGCUCUUCUACCGAGUGCUGUGCGCGACGCUGCUCAUGACAGCGUUCACGUUUACUGUGAUCUUGACGAACGUUUUUAUCGAUAUCGAUUGGUUUCUAACGAAUAAAAAUCAACAUAAUACGCAAAUAGCUGAUAAUUCAAAAGUAGCACCAAAAGACUACGACUUCGAAGCACCAGAAAGCGAAGGUCUUAACGAUGACAAAAGUUACGAGAGUGAAAAUGUACCGUUUUACAGGACAAGAAGGUCCAUCGAUGAUUCAGACAACAGGCAAGGAAACGGAGCUCAUGAUGAGUCAUAUAACAUUCAACUUCACGUCAAAGAUCCAAUUCUUAAAAAAAUACUAACGAGUCGCCUAGGCAGUCUUCUUAAAGAACUAGACGAAGAAGAAACUACAAUUGAAGAUAUUAAAACUGAAUCAACUAUAGCUACUUCCGUUAAGGCUUUUAAAAAAGAAAGAGACAAUAUGAGAGACGGAAUCAGAAAUAGAGAUUUAUUUCACCUUGCAAUGCAUAACAUUCUUCUGCAAGGAAUGCUGGGACACAUGGAUUUAAAUGAUGUUUAUAACAGAGUUCAUCGACUUGUUAAUGGUUUUAACGAUUCAGUUAAAUAUAAAGAUAUAAAUUCAAGAACAUUAAACGCAAUAACCAAUUCAAAAGAACAUAAAACAAUGAACUCCAAUCCAUAUAACGAAGAACGUAAAUUGUUUGAUGAAUUAAUUAGAUGUAAAAAACUAGAAAGUGAAAUAGCACAGAAUAAAGUAUUCAAUAACAGAAAUACAACGAAAGAUGAUACCAAAAAAGACAAUAAAAUUUACAUCAAUGCUGUGAUCGAAAUUAAAGAAGACUAUGGAAAACUCAAUAAAAUUAAUUUAACAAAUUCGACAGAAAAUGUAAAAGGUGACGUUAAAUUAAUAUACAAUGGAAAACCUGUUAAAGUAAAUCAAAUUGAAGAAACAAUUAAUAAUAAAACUGAAAAGAAGAAGACAGAUCAAGAUGUCGAACUAAUUUCGAUUUUUAACGAUAAUAAGAAUAUAAAAGAACUACAAACUAUAAAAACAACACCAAACUAUACACGUAAACAAAACCAAAAUUCUCUGUUAAACAAAUUAAUAGAAGAGUAUUUUAAAUCACGCUCACCUAAUAUUGAUUAUUUAGACAGUGGCGAAAUGAAAAGAUAUCAAUCCAGGCGGCUAAAAAGACAAAUCAAAAUACAUUACAUGGAAAAUCAAACAAACAGUCCUAAGAAUGUUGAAGACAACACUCAAAAAGAUGAUGACAACGUUUACAUAGAAAUAGAAACGCAUUUCGGUCGAAAAGGCAUUAAGGGAGAGAAGAAAAAGAAGCUUGUUAAAAGUCUUAUAGAUAAAAUAGAGAAGGCUUUACGCUCUGAUAUACACGAAACAAACGAUAUGAUUAAAAAUAUCAAAUUUGUAAAACGAACCCAAGAUCCGAUAGACGGUAAUAAACAUAUACUAAUCAAUAAAAUAUCUCCACCACACGACCGUAUCGAGCCGAGACAACUUGAUCCAAUAGAUAAAACAUUAAGCGAUAAUCAAAACUUACUUAAAGCGAUCGAUGAAUCUUGGACGAAUCAAAUUGAAAGUCCAAAAUUCUUAUCAAUUUCGAAAUCAGUGAAUUCGGCAGAAAUGAGAGAACUCAACAUAAACUAUGACAAUGUUCUGAGAAAUGGUAUACCUAAACGACUUCAGAAGCCCAUUAAUACAGACACCGAUGAGGACGAUCAUACUAUAACUCCAUACAUUGAUAACGAUCACGGCAAUGUUACUUUACUUUUAAAGGAUAUAGAUGGCACUGGUUUCUCUAUUGGUAUAAAUCAAUAUAUCGGGGAACCACCAGACAUGAACAGUAUGAAAAUGUUUAACGGACUGGAAAGUCUCAUUAAAGAAUAUCAUCAAAAUUACGAUCAAGAUAUUAGUAACGAGUCUGACAUUGAUAAAGUCGAAAACUUCGUACAAAAUAAAAAUAAUUUAAUAAAAAAUAAUAUUAGAAAUGGUCACAAUAUUAUUAAACGGUCAUUAAAAGGAAUCGGUAAUGUUUAUAAAUUCAAGUUAUUUUAUAAAAACAUAUCUCUUGACAAAUAUUUAAAGCCAUUCAAAUACAACUAUGACAAAAAUUUAUUUAAACUACAAAAAUAUUUAAACAAUAGAAAUACAAAUAAUACAAAGAAUAAAAACAUGUACUCAUUAUUUAAAAAAAUCAAGCUGAGGGGAAUGCCCGCUAUAGACAAUAAAAAUCUGAACAAAAACUCUUCAGAGAUAUUAACAUCUAAUAAUUUUAUAAGACGAAAGAAAAGAUCUUUAAGCGUAAAGAAAAUUUCAAACGUUAAUUCAAAAAUAAAACUCAGCAAAUACAUAAAUACACGUGCUAGGACGUAUAAGAGAAUAUUACUUAACAAUAAAAGAAAUAAACGUCAAAUCAAUAAAAUAAGAAUUAUUGCAAGAGAGUCAAUAAAUCCGGAUAAAAAUUCAGAAGAAAAUAUAUUUAGGAUAUCUGGAGAAAAUCCCUAUGCUGAUAAAGCGACUGUAAUUAAAGAAUUUGAAACACCCGACACAGUGAUAGGUGCUAGAAAUCAUUAUGAUGACGUAUAUCCUAUAGGUGAUUAUUACAGAAUACAGCAUCACACAGAACCAAUGUACUCAAAUUUUUACGACACCAAAAGAAAUUCCAAUCAACUCAUGUCUAAAUAUCCACAUAUAUUUAUAAACGAUGAUAUCGCAUCGAAAGAAGAAGAAUUUACCGGAAACAAGAUGUAUAGUUUAAAUAAAGCACCGGAUAUAAUACAGCCAAUACCAAAGAACGUAGAACAAGAAACACUAAAAAUUGAUACACAAACUGUAUCAUCAGAGAGGGGUAUUCCAAACGUCGAAGAAAUUAUUAACGCUAUAAUGCCCUCAGCCUCGAGACCAAAUUAUAAACUAACCCUUAAAAUAUCACCCAAAAACCCAAUGAACAUAAGCAAGGGCUUCAAGGAAGUACACACGAGUGUUAACAAAACCUUCGAUGAGAAUGGUUUACGGUACUUUACUUUGUUUAAUCUUUCACAUAUAUCUAAAAUAGAAGAAUUAAACAAGACAACAGUUUUAAAAAACAGUAAUAUUAAUGUUAAACCUUUAAAUAACCAAGCAAAGGAACAAUUUCAAAUAAAAAAAUUACUUCAACUACAUAAAAAUAGAGUUGAUCAACAAUUAAGUAACUUAGUACGAGAAAGCAAACAUCUAGAAGCAAUGAUUAAUGGAAAUAGUAAGGAGGAUAUAAAUAAAACAAUAAAUACUCGAUAUGACGAUAUAGUCGCCACUGACUUGUCUAAUGAUGAUAAAAUGAAUAAGAUAUUAGCCUCUAUCAAAAAACUUCAAGAAAGCUACAAUUUAAUCACGAACGAUAUUCGAGCACAGCCCAGUUUAGUAACAGAUAAACCAAAAAAAGCUUCGGAUCCACCUGUAAUAAUACAUACCGUGAAAUCUAACGACAAAAUCACAAACGAAAUUUUAAAGAAAAUAGACACAAAUACUAAUAUAUUAAAAACUUUUUUAGAAAGAUUUUCAGACAGCCUCAAAUCUAAAAAAGAAGAACCGAAGGAUACAGAAGAAAUGACGGUUAAUCCAGCUGAAAUCAAAUUAAAUAUUGCAAAAGACUGGAAAAGAUACAACAAAAACCUAUUUUAUGGUCCAGAAGAAAACAAAAACGUUACGAUCCCGUUUGGCUAUACAUAUCAACAGAAUAAGGGACCUCAAGCAAGCAUGGUAUAUCACCUACACACAAAUGCUAUACAAAAUGAUCUUAAGGAAUAUAAGCAUGUAAGCAAAAUUGAACCUUAUGCCUUCGACAAUGUAGACGUUAAUAAGCAAAAAUUCAAUGGCUCUAAAUUCUUUAUGGAUGAAAUUGAAAAUGAUUAUAAAGUUGCGCCGAAUAAGCCCUUUAUUAAUGCAAAGAUAAAUACAACGACGGCUUAA